AUGACCAAGAGUUUCCAAAGCAAUUUAAUAUCGCAAGUGAAAGCUCAAGAAGAGCGAAAGCUGAUCGACAAGCUCCGUGAUAUUGGUCUUGGCCAAUACAUUGAGCUGCCGCAAAUUGCGGUGAUGGGGGACACUUCCAGCGGCAAAUCGUCCCUCCUGUCGGCGCUUUCAGGCGUCUCGUUUCCAUCCAGUGAUCAACUCACGACGAGGUGUCCUACUCAACUCGUCCUCUCUCGUGCCAGCACAUUCAGCGGAACGGUGCGCCUCGUCCGGUUUCGCUCGAAUGGUGGUACUGAUGAGGAGGGUGAGACGGAUACCGGGGAAGAGGGCGAAAAGCUCACUCAUCUAGACGACGUCCCAUGUGCCAUCACGAAGCUCACGCAGAAACUGAUCGACGAAGGCCAAUACAUCAGUGACGAUCAAAUUGUGAUUGAAAUGAGUGGCCCCGACAUGCCAAAUCUCACUCUCACCGACUUGCCAGGACUUGUGCGCACUGUGGGCGAUCACGAAGACCGUAGCAUCAUUGCAAGGGUUCGGCAAAUGAUCAACCGCUACAUGUAG